AAGAAUUUGAAAUAGAAAGAAGUAAACCAUAGAGCAAGAGAAAAACCCUAAAUCCCAUAUCUCUAAAACAAGUCGCCUCCGGCAUACACACAAAUACAACUCUCAACGCUGUUACCGGCAGCCGUCGCCGCCGAAGGAUUCACACGGCCCGCCCCAGCGAACUCUCGAUAUCAUUGAGAAUAUAAAGAGAGAGAAGCUACUUGGGUUUUAUUUAGAAUCAGAGAAUGACAGAGAACAAGCCAGUUAUUGGCCUUUCAUGGCAGCCAAAGGUGCCGGUUCUGUCAUCCACUGUGAAAACUGAUUCUCAUGUUAACGACAAAGGUGUACAUGGAUCACAAUGUCAUCGUGAAGUUAGCACGCUUUGGAGACCAAAUACCGAGCUUGUUGAUGGGCUUUUUGUGCCACCAAACAAUCCGAAAAAGCUAAACAAGUUACUCAAGAAACAAAUGAAAGAUACAGUUGGGACUAGCUGGUUUGACAUGCCUGCUGCAACUAUAACUCCUGAGUUGAAGAAAGAUCUUCAGUUGCUGAAGUUGAGGAAUGCCUUUGAUCCAAAGAGACAUUACAAGAAGGGUGAUACAAAAUCAAAAACAUUGCCCAAGUAUUUCCAGGUGGGCACAGUUAUAGAGCCUUCAACGGAGUUCUUCUCAAGUAGACUGAAUAAGAAGGAGAGGAAGGCCUCCCUUGCAGAUGAACUGCUUUCUGAUCCUAACCUUGGGCAGUACAGGAAGCGUAAGGUUCGGGAGAUUGAAGAACAAAAUCGACCAUCCGGAAAUGAGAAAUGGAAGAUAAAGGGUCGACAGUCACAAAAACGUGCAAAGCAAAGAAGGCACUGAAUCUCCUAUUCUUUUGAAGGGGGAAAUUUUGACAUUCAUGGAAGGCAUUGAAUUAUAGAGAUGAGAGAUAUAUUUAAGACAGCCUUAUCGUCUAAUGAGUUAAUAAUUUUUUACGUUGUAAUACCGGUUUAUAUUCUUGCAUAUCAAUAUGGGAAUUUAAUCAUCUGUUUAGAAGGUCAUUGCUAGUCCUUUGUUUUAGACACAAAUAUUUCU